AUGUUGGCAUGUAUUCAGUCAACUGUGGUCUUGCUGCUGUUUUUGGUAGUUUUCACACACGAAGAUGACACUGGUCCUAUCAUUCAGACUCUGUAUGGAAAAGUCAGAGGUAAACGAGUCGACAUUUUGGACACCUACGUCGACGCGUUUCUGGCUAUCCCGUACGCUGACCCACCUGUUGGCGAACGGCGUUUCACCCUCCCGGAACCAACAGUGCGACAAUGGGAAGGGGUCCGAAAUGCGACGGAAUAUUCUAGUUCAUGCUGGCAGAAGCCCGACAGGGCAUUGGGGGAUUUCGUCGGUACCGACAUGUGGAACACCGAAGGACCUCAGAGCGAAGACUGCUUGUAUUUGAAUAUAUGGACACCACAGCACCCUCGCCAUAAAACGCCUUUACCAGUUUUGGUUUGGAUUCACGGUGGAAGUUUUGUUACCGGGUCUGGAUCUUUGGCUGUUUAUAAUGGCACUACAUUGGCCGCCGUUGAACAGGUAAUUGUUGUGACAUUAAACUAUAGACUGAAUACAUUUGGCUUCCUAGCUCUCGAAAACACUGACUCACCCGGAAAUAUGGGUUUAAUGGACCAAGUGAUGGCAUUGCAAUGGAUACAUGACAACAUACAAUUUUUCAAUGGGAACCACGACCAGGUAACUUUAUUCGGUGCAAGUGCCGGAGCUGCUAGUGUCGGAUAUCACAUCCUUUCACCGUCUAGCCGUCGGUUGUUUAAAAGGGCGAUUCUACAAAGUGGUAGCCCAAUGAUGCCAUUUUUAAGUCCGGGUACAUACACUGAACAUCGACAUCUUGCUAAAUGCAUGGCGUUUUCGCUCGGUUGUCUGACGAAAGAGGAACUGUCGUAUGAAUUCAAUGUGUCUGUGGUCUUAAAAUGCCUUCGUAAUCUACCUCCGGAUAAACUUGCCAAUUCGUACAAUCUCAUUCACUUUCCUGUACAAGACGACAGAUUUAUUCUCUCUCAGCCUGCGGACAGUUUAAAUAACAUGGAGUUAAAACGGACCCAAGUGCUUCUUGGUGCUAAUGAAAAUGAAGGAAUGUUUAAUCUGAUUCGUCUGAUUCCCGAUUUUUCGUUAGACACCGAUAGUCACAUCACAUAUGAGAAAUACUUGGAAACAAUCGGUUUUCGGUUUGGUGAAUUGCCAUCGGAGGUUCUUGAUCAAAUUGGCGAGGAGUACGUGCGCCAACACGACAAAGAAGACGGCGAAUCACUGCGUGAUCUGGCAGACAAUACCUGGGGUGAUUAUGACAUAAUUUGUCCCACAGUCGAGUUCGCCAAUGAGUAUCAUGCCUUAGUUAAUGAAGAUGUAUUUUUAUAUAAUUUUCAACAUCGUUCAUCUCAUAACCCGUGGCCUGAGUGGGCUGGUACAGUUCACGCUGAUGAAAUCGCCUACGUGUUCGGAGUUCCUCUACACAAUGACCAAUUAUACAGUGAGGAUGAUAUUACGAUGAGUCGACUAAUAAUGAGGUUCUGGGCUAAUUUCGCUAGAACAGGUGACCCAAAUGAAGAAGGUGAAGUAAAUCGCAGAUGGCCGAAGUACGAUGAUAUCUUAAAGCGAUAUUUGGUAUUGGAAAUGAAUUCCCAAAAUAUCUUGAACACUGAGAGUGGUCUCCGUGCAAAACAUUGCGAAUUCUGGAAAGACUUAUCACCAAUCAUGAAAGCCUUGACUGAAAAAGCCGUGUCUACCAACACUCCCUGUUUUUACACAAGUGCUUCAAGUAGUGUAGGCGUACAUUUUAAACUUGUGCUGUUGACCCUGUUAGCUGUAUCACUACAUGGAAGACGUUUAUAG